AGACCGCGCGCGCAGCGCAGGGCAGCUCCCGGGGCAACGCAGCGUCCCUGGCAGCGCUUGGCUGCGGGCUGGUUGAACACCGCUUCGGGCGACUUUGCAUGCGCAUGGGAAACCUUAGCUGGCCUCUGAACUCCAGGGUCCGGUCUGGGGGCGGUUCCUGAUCUCCCAUAUUAGUGCCCGCUAACUUUGAAAAGGAGGACUUGAGUCCCGCAGAGGUUGAGACCUAAGAGGUAGAGAAGGAAGAAAGGAGAGAAAACGCAACUGAGGCUGAAGGAGAACGAACUCAUGUGGACCUCCUGAGCAGUUAGGAGAAGGACUGGACCUCUGAGAGCCGAGGCAGGACCUCGGAGGAGGUGUGGGCAAGGAGCAACGGAAGCGGUGCGGGCCGUGGGGCUGGGUCUGCUUGCACCUCGGGUCACGCCUCCUUGGCGAGAAGGCGCCUCGCCUUUGAUUGCUUCCAGUUACUGCAGAACUUCCUGCCCUGGCGGAGAAGCGGGUCUUGCUUGGGUCGCGCUUCCUCCGGGUCUGAGCCUUGAGACUGAGUUCACACGGUGCUGGGCCCCCAGAGCCAAGUGGGGUUGGGGGAACAGAGUCUGCGAGUCCCGGCGCCCCGAGUGCAGGGCCCCGUGUCGGGGUCCUCCUUCCCAUUUGUAUCCGCAUCCUUGCGGGCGUUGCGCCUCCCCGGGGGACCCCUCGCCGGGAGAUGGCCGCAUUGAUGCGGGGCAAGGACUCCUCCCGCUGCCUGCUCCUACUGGCCGCGGUGCUGAUGGUGGAGAGCUCACAGUUCGGCAGCUCGCGGGCCAAACUCAACUCCAUCAAGUCCUCUCUGGGCGGGGAGACGCCAGCCCAGGCCGCCAAUCGAUCUGCGGGCACUUACCAAGGACUGGCUUUCGGCGGCAGUAAGAAGGGCAAAAACCUGGGGCAGGUAGGAAAAUAUCCCCAAUACACUCGUCAACCAGAAGAGGCCUACCCUUGUAGCAGUGAUAAGGAAUGUGAAGUUGGGAGAUACUGCCACAGUCCUCACCAAGGAUCGUCAGCCUGCAUGGUGUGUCGAAGGAAAAAGAAGCGCUGCCAUAGAGAUGGCAUGUGUUGUCCUGGUACCCGCUGCAAUAAUGGCAUCUGCAUCCCCGUCACCGAGAGCAUCUUAACCCCUCAUAUCCCAGCUCUGGACAGCACUCGGCACAGAGAUCGGAACCACGGCCAUCACUCAAACCACGACCUGGGAUGGCAGAACCUAGGAAGACCUCACACUAAGGUGUCGCAUAUAAAAGGACAUGAAGGAGAUCCCUGUCUACGAUCAUUAGACUGCAUUGAAGGGUUUUGCUGUGCUCGCCACUUCUGGACCAAAAUCUGCAAACCAGUGCUCCAUCAGGGGGAAGUCUGUACCAAGCAGCGCAAGAAGGGCUCACAUGGGCUGGAAAUCUUCCAGCGAUGUGACUGCGCAAAAGGCCUAUCUUGUAAAGUAUGGAAAGAUGCCACCUACUCCUCCAAAGCCAGACUCCACGUCUGUCAGAAGAUUUGACCACCUCUGAAGACAAGCAUCAGGAGCAGACUGUGAAUCCAUGUAUUUAAUGCAUUAUAGCAUGGUGGAGAGUGGGAUUUGGAUUUCAGAAGAAGGGGUAAAAUGAGGAAUAUGAUAAGAACAUAGAUCAAAGAAAGAGAAAGAAAAAGAAAAUGGAAGAUCAGAAAGGGUGACCAGUGUGACCAGUGUGUUUUCCAUCAUGCAACUUGUUUAUGUAAAUAAUGUACACAUUUGUGAAGAUGCCAUGACUCACAAAAAAAAAAAAAAAAAAAGG